AUGGAUUAUUAUCCACUAUUAUUUGUCAGCUUAUGUUUCUUAAAUUGUACUGAAUCAACCAUAGGUCCUGGCAAUCGUAAACCUCCAUCGCGACCACCUGAAAAUGUUAACCCAUCUUCAUCAGUUUCUAAUGAUUUGGAUUUAUCUGGAAAAGUUCAUUCACUACCACAAGAAUCUCUUCCGCCAUCUGACACAGAUGUUUUAGAACGUAAUCUAUUACAAGAAGAUAUCGAUCCGAAAUCAGUUCUCGAAAAUUAUCAAUCAUAUUGUCAUAGUUGUUCUGGAACUCGUCAAUUUACUAAUCCCACUCUGAUUUAUAUAACACCAUGGAACAAUCGUGGUUAUGAUCUUGUAAAAAAUUUUACACAAAAAUUCGAUUAUGUAUCUCCAGUUUGGUUUCGUAUAAAACGAAUCGAUAUUAAAAAAUAUUAUAUCGAAGGUACACAUGAUAUCGAUUCACAAUGGAUUCAAACAUUAAAAGAAAAACAUCCAGAUGUACGUAUUGUACCUCGAGUUUCAUUUGAAAAAUGGUCUACUGAUGAUAUUCAUGCAUUAUUUCAAUCCGAAAGUGAAAAACAACAAUUAUCACUAGCAUUGAAAAAUUUUCUUAUUGAAUAUAUGGAUUUAUUUGAUGGUUAUGUUCUUGAAUUACUAGCACAUUUUAGUGGCCCAUCAAAAGCCGUAGUUAAUCAUAUUCUUAGUGAUAUUGCUGAGCAUAUACAUCAAAUCGAUACUAAUUCCACGAAGAAAAAAGAAGUUAUUUUAUCUGUUCCACCUUUGAGAGAAUACUUUGAUAAGUAUGAUUUUCAAACGUUAUCUGAACGUUUAGAUGGAUUUAUUAUUAUGACUUAUGAUUUUACAAUGAAAGAACCAGGACCAGUUUCUCCAAUAGAAUGGAUGAAAGAAAUCAUGAAUGAAUUUCUUGCUAGUCACACUGGCAGAUCAGCGAAAAUAUUUCUCAGUCUAAAUUUCUAUGGUUAUCGUUAUGAUCAAAUUAUUCCACCACCACCGAAGGAUCAAAAACAAUACACUCUAAAACAUAUUCUUGGCCAUGAUUACAUCGACUUUCUGAGAAAACAUUACAAGACAGCAAUAAUAAGUUUCGAUCAACGCGCACAUGAACAUAUUACUAUAGUAUAUAGUCGUACGAUGAGUAAUCGACAGGAAAAUUCCAGCCCGCAAAUACUUAUUUUUUAUCCAAGUUUAAAAUCAAUUUAUGAUCGCUUAGAAUUGGCAACAAAACUUCAUGUCGGCGCAGCGGUGUGGGAUGGAGGUCAAGGACUUGAUUAUUUCUUUGAUUUAUUUUAG